GGUUCUGAUUGAGGUUCGAAGCGGUUUUUAUAGUGGUGCAUAGUAAGCGAUCAAGUGUGUGUUUUUCAUUGAUUAUUGUCCCUAGAGCAAAGAGAUAUUGCAAAUUUCAUAAGGGUACGGAAUAAUGUGAUUUCACGGCAAACAAGUUGGUCUGAAUGUCGUGUGUGUGUUUAUAUUUCGAUGGCUGAUCGCAGCUGACAUGUUGCUUCCUCGAAAUAUGCAUGCACCGUGAGUUGGCGUAAAUAUAAUAUCUGUGAUUUCAACCACACGUCUCGCUCGCUUGAGGAGAACUUUGAAACAUGUAUUGCACAGACGUGAUGGCUACGAUUCACGAGAAUAGCACAGAUAUGAAUGACGAUCAGGCAGACGAAGGCAACUUUGAACAACUCAUGGUUAACAUGCUGGAUGAGCGUGACAAGCUCAUGGAAUCCUUGCGAGAAACACAAGAAACAGUAGCAUUAACGAAAGCUAAGCUUAGCGAAUCGAACAGCGAGAAGGAAGGCCUGAUGCGUCGUCUAGAAAUCAUUUUAGCCGAGGCAGAUGAACAAACUUUAGAAAGACUUGCUGGUUUAGACGGGAUCAACUAUGAGGGAAACUUUAAAAUACGCGAAGGAAAGCGAGCGUCGCAUGUCAAAGUUUUGUCAGAGGAAUUUUGUGCAAUGGUGAAAGAACUUAAUUAUGCCAGGGAGCAACUGCUUGAGAAAGAUGAAGAGAUUAUUGAGCUCAAGUCUGAAAGAAAUAAUAUUAAAUUAUUAUUGGAGCAUCUUGAAUGUCUCGUGUCUAGACACGAGCGCUCUUUAAGGAUGACUGUCGUUAGACGUCAGGCGACAAUGUCAGGCGGUGUGUCUUCUGAAGUUGAAGUUUUAAAAGCAUUAAAGUCGUUAUUUGAACACCACAAGGCUUUAGACGAAAAGGUUCGUGAGAAGUUAAAGUCUGCCGUAGAUAGAGCAAACUCAUUUGAGAAUGAACUGGAUAUGAUGAGAGAACAGGUGAAACGAUUAAAAGACGAAAAUUUAUUAUUGCGGGAGAGUAGCGGACUGGAGAAAGGAACAGAGAAUAAAAUACCUUUAGUGAACGGAGGGUUGCCGUAUUGUAAUCAUAUUUCACAGAGAUCCGGAGGAAAGUUGUCCAAUGGACCUCUUUCGCAUGAUGUGGACGAUGGUAACGAUCUUGAUGCGAUCAAUGAAUUACAAUUUAAGCUGGACAAGAAGAAUAAAGAGCUAGAAAAGAUUUUAAAAGAAAACUCAUAUUUGAAGGAACGAAACAGUUCACUUGACAGCAAGCUAAUACUUCUAACAAGUGACUUGGAUCGGUCGCAGUCGAAAUCUGAGAAGUGGAAAUCCCAUGCUGACGAGACUUUGGCGCAGAAAUCAGAUCUUGAGGAUAGAGUGUCAAUUUUAGAAAAGAAGUAUCAACAAGUACAACGUGAUUUUCUUUCGGCGAAAGAUGAUAACGAAAGACUCGAGAAUGAGUUAAACAGUAAAGAAUCCAGUGUGCUUCAGGCGGAAGAUAAGUGUCGGAAUCUUCAAGAGAAACUUGAACUAGCUGAACAAAAAUUGCAGCAGUCAUUGAGGAAAGCUGAGGCAUUGCCCGUCGUUGAAGAGGAGCUCGCUGUACAUUUGGCUGCCCUAAACCAGGCAGAGGAGAAGAGUUUUUCAGCCACCGAAAGGAUAUCAAACCUACACCAGCAAAUAGAAGAUAUUCAAGCGGAAUUAAACAGGUCAAAACAGCGAGAGAAAAUGAACGAAGAACAUUCGCAUCGGCUGUCAACAACUGUGGAUAAGUUACUUGCGGAGUCCAACGAUCGAUUACAACAGCAUCUAAAGGAAAGAAUGACUGCUUUAGAAGAGAAGACGUUCCUUUCUCAAGAAUUAGAAUGUAGAAAAUUAGAAUUAGAAGAUUUACGAAGAGAAAAGGAAUUAUUAGAAAUAAAAUUGGAAAAAAUAACUGUUCAAUUAGAGAGAUCACAAGUUAAGAAUAAUGGAGACUCGACAAAAAGCAGUUUUCUAGAAGUUCCCGGAACGAUUCCAGUCCGAGAAAAGAAAGGACGCGAGGAUAUCAACGACCCAGAUCGUGUCCUGACUAUAAACGAAAAAGACUGGCACAAACUACAGCAAGCAACAGUCUUGGAAAGUGUUUCGAAGGCCUUUGAUGGCGCAGGGUUGAUAGAGAAUGGCAGUGAAGACGCUGCGGAGAACGAGGACGCCGGUUGUGCUGACGAAAGUAAAGCGACUAAACUUAGCGAUGGCGCCGAGGAACUGGCGGUUAUGAUCCAGGAACAAAUCGAGUCGAUUAAUAGAGAAUUAAGCUUACUAAAAGAAGAUCCCGAGAUGGACGAUAGUGCGUUACUUGCUGAGUUAGAAAGAAAUCUCGAAAGUGAAUAUGGCUCAGACACCCAAAGUGUUGAUUCCUUAUCUGAAAUCAGAGGUUUAAGAUCUUCGAGUACAAACUCUCCAGCAACACAAUCUGCUGAAAGUUCAUUAUCAAAUCGCAGUAAAAGAAAUUCCAUCGAGGAUUUGUUUUCUUCAGAAAAGGACAACUUCAUUGCACCUCCUUCAAUGUUCCCUUUUCCCCAAUAUGAUCCCAUGGACACCCAGCCGUUGCGGAUGAGUAAAGAAAGUCUUUCUACCCGCUCACAAUCCGCAUCAUCAGAUUCUGAUCCUCUGGCACGAGGUCCUAUAGCAGAAAACCUCUCGGAUUUAUCUCCAUCGGGUCUUACGAGCCCUGAGACGCCCCCCGUGAGAAAACGUCAUCACAAUACCCCCUCUCCGGCGGCGACCAGUCCUCCUGGUUUGGAUAGCCCCUCUGGCACCGCCUCUCCUAAUAGUACGCUGAGGAAACGAGGUCUAAGGGGCUCUUUUAAUAAAAUAUUUGGUUCGAAAUCACGGUCAAAAUAUCGAGACAGUACGGGAAGCACUGGGUCCGAAUCGGACAGCGAUACGGCAUCUGUCGACUCCUACUCUUCGAAUAUGGGAAAAAGGGAGCUGGACAGACGAAUCAAGCGAGGAUCGAUACUACUGGGGGAUGCUCUGACCGCAAAAACGCCAUUUGCCAUGUGGAAUGCGCAUACUGUGGUCGCUUGGUUAGAAUUAUGGGUGGGUAUGCCAGCGUGGUACGUGGCUGCUUGUCGUGCAAAUGUAAAAAGUGGCGCAAUAAUGUCGGCGUUAUCAGAUACGGAAAUUCAACAUGAAAUUGGUAUAAAUAAUCCUCUUCACCGACUAAAAUUGAGACUAGCCAUUCAAGAAAUCGUGGCUUUAACCAGCCCGUCACAGCCGAUGACUAGCAAAGAGCUUUUAGUGCGAGGUGAAAUGAACCACGAAUGGGUUGCGAAUUGCUGGCUUCCUAGUAUUGGAUUGCCGCAAUAUAAGAGUACAUUCCAUGAAUGUUUAAUUGAUGCGCGAAUGCUCGAACAUAUUUCUAAGAAAGAUUAUCAGAAAUAUUUAAAAGUAGUGGAUAGUUUUCAUAGGCGUAGUAUACAAUGUGGCAUUAAAUGUUUAGCAAGUCUAAAAUUUGAUAGAAGGUUACUUGAAAAGAGAAGACAGGGCAGUCAGAGCGAAAAUAAAGAUGUUUUCGUAUGGAGCAAUACUCGUGUAAUAAAAUGGCUUGCAUCGGUUGGGUUGGAAGCGUAUGCCGAUAAUAUAAAGUUUAGUGGAAUUCAUGGUGCAUUGUUCAUACUCGACCAAGAUUUCAAUCAUUCUACGUUGGCAAUGUGUUUGCAAGUUCCGACAUCAAACAAUCAGAUAUGUCAAUUAUUGGAGAAAGAAUAUUCAAAGCUGAUGAGUACAACACAAUCCAGUACAAUAAAUGCUGAUAUGGAGCUUGGAGACGGCAACAAAUUCAAACGCACUCAGUCAUGGCGAAAGAUCUUAAAGAAGAAGGACAAAAAAGAUAAAAUGGACAAAGUGAAAGAGAAAGAGGAAGGAAAGUUGGAUGGAGCGAAUUCAGGAUCAGAUUCAUCGAUCAGUCAAACGAGUACAACAUCAUCAGCGAGUAUCGGAGGAAGGCGGACGAACGGAAAAGAAAUUGAAUCUACUGGAAAAGCAAGUGCGUCAUAACAUUCGCAAAACAAUGUGUAUCUUGGGAGUCUUUGUCGUGAUGUCGUCUGCAACGACUUGAAACUCCUCCCCCAACCGUCAGAAGAGAACAUGGACGCCGUUCAUACCACAAGUCGUUCGAAUAUGUUACGAAAAAAUUAGAUCCGUUGAGUUCCAGCUGAGAUUCCAUUCGUAUUUCUUUCUUCGGGAUGUUGAAUUGUAAAGACCGUGAGUUGAACUAACAUGUAACACAGCAGACAGUCUAUAAUAUACUAAAGUAAUCUUUCACUAGUU